UUUGUUUACAUCAUAAAGCGUUUGUUGAUUGUUGUUGCCCUGUCGCAUUCGGGAUAGAGGGAAGCCAUAUUCGGCUUGUGCUUUCGUUUGUGAUCUACCUGCAUAAAUCGUGCACCUUCCCGCAUGAAACAGCGAUGAAUCUAGAAUUGCUUGAAUCGUUCGGCCAAAACUAUCCGGAAGAAUUCGAUGGCUCGCUGGAUUGCAUAUCGUUGGCGGUAACGUGCGCCUUCAACAAGUACGGCACCCUGCUGGCCGUCGGUUGCAACGAUGGUCGGGUGGUCAUCUGGGACUUUUUAACGCGCGGUAUCGCAAAGAUCAUCUCUGCCCACGUCCAUCCGGUGUGCAGUCUGUGCUGGUCGCGCAACGGUCACAAGCUGCUGUCCGCCUCGACCGACAACAACGUGUGCAUCUGGGACGUGCUGAGCGGUGACUGCGAGCACAAGUACCGGUUCCCGUCGCCGAUACUGAAGGUACAGUUCCACCCAAGGAACGAUCACAAAUUUCUGGUCUGUCCGAUGCGGUAUGCCGCGAUCCUGGUGGACAUCGGUGGUAAGCACGAGUGUCUACCGCUGGAUAAUGAUGGUGAUUUGAAUAUUGUCGCUGCAUUCGAUCGUCGAGGGGAACACAUCUACACAGGCAAUGCGAAGGGCAAAAUUCUCGUGCUGAAUGCCAAUACGCUCGAGAUCGUGGCCAGCUUUAAGAUCGUGUUGGGAAGCUCGAGUGUGACGGCCGUCAAGAGCAUAGAGUUUGCCCGACGAGGAGAGGCAUUUUUGGUGAACACAUCCGACCGUGUCAUUCGCGUGUACGACUCCAAGGAGGUGGUCACGUGCGGGAAGGACGGUGAACCCGAACCGAUACAGAAGCUACAGGAUCUGGUUAAUAAGACAACGUGGAAAAAGUGUUGCUUUUCGGGCGAUGGUGAAUAUAUUUGUGCCGGCAGCGCCCGGCAGCACGCGCUCUACGUGUGGGAGAAAUCGAUCGGAAAUCUGGUAAAGAUUCUGCACGGCACCAAGGGCGAGCUGCUGCUGGACGUGGUUUGGCAUCCGGUGCGGCCGAUCAUUGCCAGCAUCAGCUCCGGGCUGGUGUCUAUCUGGGCCCAGAAUCAGGUCGAAAAUUGGUCCGCCUUUGCGCCCGACUUUAAGGAGCUGGAUGAAAACGUCGAGUAUGAGGAGCGCGAAUCGGAGUUUGACAUUACCGACGAGGACAAGUCGGUCGAUCUGGCGGCCGAAUCGAAGCAGGACGAGGAGGUGGAGGUGGACGUCGUAUCCGCCGAACCGAUCGCCGCCUUCUGCAGCUCGGACGAGGAGUACGAGGAUGAGCAUGCGCUACAGUUUCUACCGAUGGCACCGGAGGUGGAGGAUCCCGAGGAUGGCUGGGGUUCGCAGGACAACGAUACGCUCGGCGGUGGAUUUGGUGCUUCGGUCGGAGGACUCGGCGGUGGUGGUGGUGGCGGCGGCGCCAGCGGUGGCCCGGAUUCGAUGAAGGAAAACGAACCGUUAAUGAAGAAGCGCAAAACGAGCCAGUACGAGAUCGCGCUCGAUAAUGCACCGAUCGACGAUGUGCACCCACUGUUGCAGAACAAAACGAACAAAGACAAGCAGUCGGCCACGAGCAAGAAAGCAGCCGGCCGUCCUCGGAAGUGAAAUAAUGUGUUUCUUUCCGCCGUUGCAAAACCCCUUAUCGACAGUGCAAAAUGAAGUCUUAAAAAAAACCCGAACAACAAAAAAA